AUGGGGAAGAACUUCCACUUGUACGAGAAUAUCUCCAGAGUCGGUCCUUUUGAGGGACCUCAGUAUUACUUGGCCCCAACGUGGGCUUUCUACCUCCAGGCAGCUUUCAUGGGCUUUGUUUUGCUUGCUGGAACUCCUCUGAACUUCAUCGUCCUUCUGGUGACUGCAAAGUACAAGAAACUUAGACAGCCGUUGAACUAUAUCCUGGUCAACAUCUCGGUAGCUGGCUUCAUCUUUGUGGUAUUUUCUGUGAGCCAAGUAUUUGUUGCUAGUUUACGAGGAUAUUACUUCCUGGGUCAUACGCUAUGUGCAAUGGAAGCUUGCAUGGGCUCCAUCGCAGGUUUGGUGACAGGUUGGUCCCUGGCUGUUCUUGCCUUUGAGAGAUACGUGGUCAUCUGUAAACCCUUUGGAAGCUUCAAAUUUGGCAAUGGCCAGGCCAUGGGGGCUGUUGCUUUCACCUGGUUCAUCGGGAUUGCAUGUGCUACUCCACCCUUCUUCAGCUGGAGCAGAUAUAUUCCAGAGGGGCUGGGCUGCUCCUGUGGACCUGACUGGUACACACACAGUGAGGAGUAUAACUGCACCAGCUAUAUGUACUUCCUCAUGAUCACCUGCUUUGUGAUACCUCUGACCAUCAUCUUCUUCUCCUACGCCCAGCUGCUGGCAGCACUGCGCGCCGUUGCAGCCCAGCAAGCUGAGUCAGCCUCCACCCAGAAGGCAGAGAAGGAGGUUUCCAGGAUGGUCAUCGUGAUGGUGGGCUCUUUCAUCGCGUGCUACGCCCCCUAUGCCCUUACGGCGCUGUACUAUGCCUUCGCUGAAGAUACGGACAAAGACUACCGCCUGGUCACCAUCCCGGCAUUCUUCUCCAAGAGCUCCUGCGUCUACAACCCUCUCAUCUAUGCCUUCAUGAACAAACAGUUCAAUGCCUGCAUCAUGGAGACGUUAUUUGGUAAGAAGAUGGAUGAAGCCUCUGAAGCGUCCUCCAAGACUGAAGUGUCCUCCAUCUCUACAGCCUCCUAA